AUGGGACCGCCAGAUGCGAUUUUGGGUGUUACCGAGGCUUAUAAAAAAGAUACAAAUCCAAACAAGGUAAAUUUGGGAGCUGGAACUUAUCGAGACGACCAAGGAAAACCUUUCGUUUUGCCGAGUGUGAGGGAGGCGGAAGCACAAAUUAUCGCUGCUAAAUUGGAUAAAGAAUAUGCUGGGAUUGCUGGAAUCCCCGAUUUCACUUCAAAAGCAAUCCAAUUAGCUUUGGGAGACGAUUCUUCAGUGUUAAAAGAGAAGAGGAAUGCAACGUCCAAAUGGUUUUCUUCUUCAAAAGUUGUUUAUCAACCAACACCAACUUGGGGCAAUCAUUUACCUGUCUUCAAAUUUGCUGGAAUGGAAAUUAAGCGUUAUCGUUAUUACGACCCUAAAACUUGUGGAUUUGAUGAAAAUGGGUGCUUGGAAGAUAUUUUGGCUAUACCUAAAGGUUCUGUGAUUCUUUUACAUGCUUGUGCCCAUAAUCCAACAGGAGUUGAUCCUAAUCCAGAGCAAUGGAUAAAAAUAUCGGAAGCUUGUAAACAACGCCAACUUUUUUGUUUCUUUGACAUGGCAUAUCAAGGUUUUGCUUCUGGUGAUGUAAACAGAGAUGCUCAUGCUGUUAGAUAUUUUGUGGAGUCUGGACAUAAUAUUUGUUUAGCACAAUCUUUUGCUAAAAAUAUGGGACUUUACGGUGAACGUGUCGGUACAUUUUCAAUAAUUUGUGAAAACGAGGAAGAAGCUAGUCGUGUACUUUCUCAAUUAAAAAUUAUCGUUAGACCAAUGAUUUCAAAUCCACCAAUUCAUGGGGCACGCAUUGCUGCAAAAAUACUUGGAGAUCCUGUUUUGAGAGCACAAUGGCUCGUAGACGUAAAAGGAAUGGCAAAUCGUAUAAUUACAAUGCGUGAUCAACUCAAAGAGCUUUUAAUUCGUGCUGGUUCUCAACGUAAUUGGGACCAUAUAGUUAAUCAAAUUGGAAUGUUUUGUUACACUGGAAUUAGUCCAGAACAGGUUGAUCGCUUAACCAAGGAAUUUAGCAUUUAUCUAACUCGAGAUGGACGUAUUUCUGUAGCUGGAAUAUCUUCAAAAAAUAUUGAAUAUUUGGCUAAUGCUUUACAUCAAGUUACUAAAUGA